GUGGAGUUGUGUUUCCCUGUGCCUGGCCGCGACCAGCCUUUUCUUUCGACAGGGAACAACUGGUGCUUCCUGGGGCCAUGCUUCGUGCCUUGUGCCUUUGGUGUUUCCUGUGGCCUGCGGCUACUACGACAUCAUGUUGGAGUGGCUUUCUUUCAACUAUGAAUCCCAUGCCCGGCAUGCUUGUGAAGACGAUGGAUAGCGAUUUGUGCACUACGACAACCACAGCGACCGCAACGGCUACGUCGACAUCCACAAGUAAUACAGACACAACACAGACCACAACGUCAAUGACAGCAACCUCGAUUACAACAACCUCGAUUUCAACGACAACGAUUACCACCACGUCUGUAUCAGCGACUGCUACCACUGUUACCACCACUUCCGUUACUGCAACGACUCUCACCACCACUUCUGUCACAGCCACGGUCACUACGCAGACAACAACUUCAGUGACUGUGACCACAAUCACAACCACCUCACUGACAGCGACCACAAUCACAACCACAUCAACCACCGGGACUGUCACAACGUGGACAACUACAUCAGUGAACACCACGACUUCGGCGACUGUUUCCACGUCAAUGACCACCACAGAAACUACGCAGACUAGCACUUCUUUGACAGUUACGACAAUUACCACCACAUCAAUCUCAACCACAUCACUCACAAGCACAUCGGUCACAGGAACGUCAACCAGUGUGACUACCAGUACUGCCACUGUGACAUCAACAACCUCAUCGACCACGACCGUUGAUUGCCUCGAUCCGUUCACUUUGAGCGAGAGCGGUGAGGAGUUCGGUAGUUUGAACACUGCUGCCAGUUCGGCUUGCAAUGGCAUCUCCAAGUCACAGAGCUGCUCCGUGACCUUUGGGUCCUCGAGCGCUUCUGAUCUGAGCAAAUGUGUGGCUGCCGGAACAUACACUUUUUUCUGUCCUAACACUUCAGCGCCAUCAUAUUUGUAUGCCAGUGAUGCUUACAUUCAGUGCCGUGUUUGCGCAGCACAGUUUGAGGACACAGACACCAGCCUCAACAGCUUUGCAGGCAAGCUGAUGUUUGGCCCCAAUGUGUUGAACGGCCAAGUGGAUGAGACGAUGUUGGAAAACUACGUGAUUAUGCCCAUGGACGAUUGCGGGUACAUUCCAACAGGAGCUACGCCCCUUGCUGUUGUGGCCAAGAGUGCGAAUGCGUCAGAUUGUUGCGAGACCACAAAGUACGAAGUGGACCUCUCUUUGCCCAAUUUCGCAUACAACAAAAUCGUCAUUCUGCCAGCUGGCACCAACACAACGGUGGAUCGCCUCGACGAUGGACUUGUCGUUGACUUGGUCGAUUUGACCACUACCUCGACGACCAUAACGACAGUGACUGUCACCACCACCGUGGUCACAGUGACUUCCACCGGAACCACUACUUCGGACCUUUCUGGAGUCGAUCUUGGCAUUGGCACUGACGACUGCACGAAGUUGCAGUUUGCGUUGCCACUGGCCAUUGCUAUCUUGGUUCAGUUUGCAUGGUGAAGAUGAACAAAAAUUGGGAAUCUUUUACAGGAUUCUUGGGACCAAUGCUUUUAAUCCGAAGCCGAAGAUCAAUCUCAGUGACUCAGUCUCUGAAAGUCAUGGAUUCUGAGCGGAAUUUGGCAUUUUGUGUCGCAUGAAACUGCACACAAAGUUCCCAGAAACUGUUUACAAUAUUUCCGCCUGAUGGGGUCCAUAUGUGACCCUUUUGACGAAAUCCACCCCUCUAUACCGAUGCAAAGGACUCGCUGUUUGUUUUGGGCGGAUCAAGCAGUUCGAAAGGAUGAGGUUCACAAAACGUGGCACUGC